AUGCUUUGUAGUCCAACUUGUCGUGCUUAUUCAAUAACUGGUAUGACCACACACUCAAUUCCAUCAAUUUUACGUUCAAAUAUCACUGAAUAUAAACGAUGUAUGAGCGAAGAAACAUAUUUUCAAGAGUAAAUGUUUAUGAUUAAAAGAUUAGAUUAUGGAUAUAUGUAUGCAAAUCAUAUUAGUCUUCAUGACAUGCAGACUUUGAGUAUGAAGGAGAUACUGCUCUACAAGAUGAAGUUAGUGUACAAUGUUUAUUUGCUAUUCUCACUCUGAUAUAUAUAUAAAUCUUCUGACACGGUGUGUUGGUACUAAGAACAAAGAUUGUGCCAAUGAAUAUCAUGAGACUGUAUUGUAAAUUUUACUUGAUAUUGAUUCAACUGAAACAAAUUAGCAACUCAAAUCUUCAUUAUAUAAUUUAUAGAUAGAUACACUUCUUAGAUAUUAUUUGCAAGCAUUGAUUAUUAUGUCUCAUCGUCAUCUUGAUGAAGUGAUACAAUUAACAAUAAUUUGAACAUAAUGACUGAACAAACAACGAUUCUUCUUGAUAUUUGGAUACCAAGAAUUUUAUAUAGAAUAUUACACUCAACAAUUAACAUCAAAAAUACAUAUUUUUGAUAUUCAUUAUAUAAACAGUUGAUGAAAUAUCAUAUUGGUACUAUACGUGAUAUCUAUAAUCAUUUUUUGAUUUUUUUACAAUCAUUCACCAGAUCAAUGUCGCCUUCCUAAAAGCAACACAAAAUAGUUAUGUAAGGAUUAUAAAAAAAAUAUUUCAUCGAGAUUGAGUAAGUAGCUUUCAACUUUCUUAACCUCCGAGCGCG